UUUAACAAUAGAUGUUAUUGUUUUAAUGAAAAAUAUAUUUCAGAUUGAGUAUCUUCAGCAAAAAAACAAAGAACUUGAAAAUCGCAUUCAAGACCUCGUGGACACGAAACAAAAUGUGACUAGUGAGGUAAUGGAUUUAAGCAACAAAAAUGAAGAACUGUGUCAAGAACUGAAUGAAAUAGACCACUUGGCACAGCAGUUGGAAAGACACAAGGAGAUUGUGCUUGAGACUGCAGAUAAGGAAAUAGGAGAAGCAAAGAAAGAAAUUGAAAGAAAACAUGGUGAAAUAAAGGAUCUUGAAGAAACAAUAAUAAGGCUUAAAUCAGAGUUGUGCUCAUGUCGUAGGGAGAAUGAGAGGCUGAGUGAAGAACUCUUUGGAAAAGCAGAUGAUAAAGAGAAUCUUGAACUGUUGUUGAACCAGCUUGAACAGGAGAAACAAAGGCUGGCAGAAAAAACAGAGAACUUAGAAAUAAAAGAACGAGAACUUGUCCUAGAAAUGGAAAGAAUGAAAUUAGAAUAUGGUAUCGCCCUGGGAGACAAAUCUCCAUCUCGUCUGGAUGCGUUUGUAAAGACUUUAGAAGAUGACAGAGAUUAUUAUAAGCGAGAAUUAGAAUAUCUUCAGAAAAUGAUAAAGCGAAGGCCUAGCCCAAGCCGUAAGACUCCAGAGAAGAGUGAAGAUCUUAGACUGAUCACCAGAGAAAGAGAUGAGCUACGGUCCAUGUUAGACAGAUUUGAAAAACACAUGAUAGACAUUCAAUCUAAUGUCAAGUUAUUGACUGCAGAAAGAGAUAGAUUAAAUGGUCUUUAUGAGCAGUCUCAGGGUGAAUUGAACAGGAUGAAAAGAGAAGCAAAACAUGGUUUCAUUUCAGCAAGUCACGUGGAAGAAGAAAGAGACAUUGCACUGGCUGAUGUUAAAAGACUAAUGGCAGAAAAAGAGAGCCUCAGAGAAAAAUUAAAGAUUCAGCAAGAAGCAGCUAACCUUGAAAAAUCAACAAUGCAGCAUGAUAUUUCAGAACUGGAGAAAAAUAUUGAAGGAUUUGAGAUGGAAAGGUUUGAGCUAAAGACUACAAUCUCUAUCUUGAAAGAAAGAAUAAAUUCUUUGGAAAAUGAAUUAAAGUUGGAGUCCAGUAAACUUGCCCAGACAUCUGAUGAUUCUGCUCAAUUUAAAGCUGAGAUUUGUUCACUUCAGCUCUUAAAUGACCAACUCCAGAGGACUGCUGAAGAUUUACAGUACCGAUUAUCCCUCAAGAAAGAUGAACUGAAUUCAGCUCAAGAAGAAAUUAUAAAGCUAGAGGAGAAAAUAGAUAGGUUAAACCAGAGAAGCACUUCACAGGAUGAAGCAGUCAACGCACUUAGAAGUACUAUUAGUGUUUUGGACAAAGAAAAGGACAGUCUUCAAGAAACAGUAGAUGAAAAAACAGAAAGAAUUGCAUGCUUAGAUGACAACUUAGCUAACAAGGAGAAAACAAUUACUCAUUUACGUCUAACUCUCUCUGAGCUGGAAUCCUCAACAGACCAUAUAAAGGACAUGCUGAGCAACAGAGACCGUGAGAUAUCUAGCUUGCGCCGCCAGCUUGAUACAUCCCAUGUAGAGCUGGCAGAAACAGGGAGAAUAAAGGAAAUGGCUCUGAAAGAAAACAGGCGAUUGCAAGAUGACCUUGCUACGAUGGCCAGAGAAAACCAGGUUAUCAAUACUGAGCUUGAAGAUGCAAUACGUGAAAAAGAGGAAAUGAAAACCAGGGUUCACAAUUAUAUAACUGAAGUUUCCAGAUUUGAGACCUUGAUGGCUUCAAAGGAAAAAGAAAACCAAGAAUUGUUAGAGAAGUUCCGAAUGCUCCACACGCAAGCUGAGGACUGGGAAAUGAAGGCUCAUCAAGCUGAAGGAGAAAGCAGCUCAAUAAGACUUGAGCUCCUUUCUGUAGAUACGGAUCGGAGGCAUCUUCGAGAGAGAGUAGAACUUCUGGAAAAAGAGAUUCAAGGGCAUAUCGUUGCACAUCAAGCGUAUGAAUCUCAGAUCUCCUCCAUUACAAAAAAUAUGGCCAAGUUGGAAGAGGAUAUUAAGCGUGAAAAUCAGGAUAAGUCUUCUGUGUUGGCGGACCUAGCUUCUGUGAGGGAACUCUGUGUGAAACUUGAGUCUAACAAAGAACUUCUGUCUCAAAAGCUGACAUCCAAAAGCAUGGAUUAUGAAAGGGUUCUAGGUGAAUUAGAAGAUAUCAAAUCAGAAGCAGAGUUACUGAAAAAGCAGUUAUCCAGUGAGAGAAUUACGGUUCAGAAUCUUGAAACGUUGCUGGCUGCCAGUAGAGACAAAGAGUUCCAGAAUCAUUUAACAUCCCAUGAGAAAGAUUCGGAAAUUCAGUUACUGAAAGACAAGCUAACGCUCGCCGAGAGCAAACUGUAA